UGGAAUUUCAAAUUACUGAUUCAUAUUACUGAAAUUUAAUCAAUAUCCUGAUUAACAAUAAAAGUUCAUAUUUAAUUUAUAUAUCAUUUAUGUUUUUAAUCUUCUUCCAUUGAUUUAGAGUUUGACUUUAACAAUGAUUUUAAUACAUAUUAACACGUACAUGUGAUUUUUCACUGAUAUUUUACUAACAUUACAGAUAGUGAUAGAAAAAUUCGAAGAAUCAAGCAUGGAUUUUGAAGAUGACUUCUUUUUCGAGGAAGAUAAAAUCUUAUUGGAUAAUUCAUUAAUAUCUCAUGGCAAUGCUUCAGUUAAUAAUUCAAGUGGAUUAAUCAAGGAUAAAAUUCCUGGUUCUGUAACCACCGUGCCACCAGCUAUUGUUGAAUUGCAUCAAUUAGCCAUGAUGGAAGACCGCAUACCAGAUGUAGAAUUGGUCGCACAAGAUCAAUCUAUACCACAGCUUCCCAAUAUUCAACUGGGUAUGACUAUUACUUCUGGAAAUGUAGUAAUACAAAAAGAUAACAACAACCUCAUUGGUAUCAGUAUUGGUGGUGGAUCUCCUCUUUGUCCUUGUCUAUAUAUUAUACAAAUUUUUGACAAUACACCUGCUGCAUUGGAUGGUACUCUUCAAUCUGGGGAUGAACUAGUAGCUGUAAAUGGGGUCUCUGUAAGGGGUAAAACAAAAGUAGAAGUUGCAAAAAUGAUACAGUCUUGUGAUUCCCAAAUUAGCAUUAAUUACAAUAAAUUGCAUGCUGAUCCUAAGCAAGGACGUACUCUUGACAUUGCUUUGAAAAAGGUUAAACAUCGAUUAGUAGAAGGGAUGGGUAGUGCAACUGCUGAUGCACUUGGUUUAUCGCGUGCUAUUCUUUGCAAUGAUGCUCUUGUUCAAAGACUAAAUGCUCUGCAACGUACAGAAAAUUUAUAUAGGGGAUUAGUCUCUCAUGCGAAAGCAACAUUACAUACCUUUUUUGAUCUCACUCAAAUUUACAAAGCAUUCGGAGAUACUUUCGCAGCGAUAGGCGUUAGAGAGCCACAGCCACGUGCUAGUGAAGCAUUUAGACAAUUCGGAGAACAACAUAGACAAAUGGAAAAAUUUGGAGUGACUAUGUUAAAAACGCUAAAACCUAUAUUAAAUGAUUUAGGCACAUACCUUCACAAAGCAAUACCAGAUACACGUUUAACGAUAAGCAAAUAUGCAGAUGCAAAAUUCGAAUAUCUUUCGUAUUGCUUGAAAGUUAAAGAAUUAGAUGACGAAGAACAAAGUUAUGCAGUAUUACAGGAACCUCUUUAUCGCGUUGAAACUGGAAAUUAUGAGUAUCGAUUGGUUCUACGAUGUCGACAAGAAGCUCGUGCUAAAUUUGCAAAAUUAAGAGCAGAUGUGCUCGUUAAAUUAGAACUGCUCGAUAAUAAACAUGUUCAAGAUGUCGUAUGGCAAUUACAAAAAUUUGCAUCUGGGCUAGCAAAAUAUUAUGCUAAUAGCGCAGAUUUAUUAUCGGCAGUAACAUUAUUCCCUGUAGAAGUUGACUUAUCCCAUUCCGCAUUUCAAUAUAAAUCUACUGGUCCUCAGUCAGUACAAGAUAACGAAGAUAUCGAUGAGUUUGAGCCAGAACAAAAACAAGAAGUCAAGGAAGAAGUUCUCAUAGAUACACAAAAUCCACCGUUAAUAUGGAUGGACGGAAAUAAUAUGUAGCGAUAUAUAUCAAAAGACAAUUAAAUGAGUACUUUUGAACUUUUAUUAUUAAGUAUUAACUUUUUGAAGUUUAUACAUUAUUGACAGUACAAUAUGCCUACAAGUACAUUCCAUAUAAAUUUUUCGUAAAUUAGAUUUUUAUUUUAGUUCAGAUUUGUAUUAUUAUUUGAUAAGAUAUUAACGUAUUUAUUUAUGUAUUGUAUAGUAUAUCAUGUCGAAUAUAUAUAUAUGUACAUAAUGUAUUAUAUUUAAAAAAAAAUUCUCUCUUUUUAACUUUUCUAUGGCUCUUUAUAUAACAAACAAUUUAAUGAGUUUACUUUAUCAAACUACUUUAAGAUAACUAAUACUUAAAAUACUAAUACAUUCAAAAUCACGUGACUACCGCUAAUAAGUAAGCAACCAAUUCGAUCAUAACCGCCAUGACACCCUUCGCGUUUGCUCAUUGUUAAGGUAACUAUCGUGCAUUUUCAAGCUAUAACAAUUCUUAGUUUUAAUUGUUACCAAUAUUAGCGCUAUAAUCUGUUUGUGACAAAGUGUUGGUAAUGUUAUUAUUUUUGUAUCAAAUUUAAUCACUUUUGUGGAUUGUAAAAUCUUUUGGAUCAUAACAAAAAACUUUCUUUACUUGUUAAAUCUAUAGUGAUCGUAUUUAAAAAAAAGAAAGAAUAGUAUUGGUGGAAGAUGCUCUUUCUAAUCUAUUGUCGAUAAAACAGAUUACUGAUCAAUAUGUUGGUAAUUUAUAGAAUGUAUACAUUCUAUCACGUUUAAAAGAGGAAAUAGUUUAUAUUUGAAUAUAUCUCAUAUAUAUAUCGUAAUUUUUAGUUAAUUGUAAGAAAACCGGAUUUAUAUCUCUUCAACGUGUAUAUUUUUUUUUCUUUUCUUUUCUUUUCUUUUUUUCUUUUUCUUGUUGUUUAUAUACAUAUAUAUAUAUAUAUAUAUAUAUAUA